AUGUCGUCAACACGAGCGGAUCGCUCCCAGCGCUUUGCUGAGUUCGAGGAAAAGUUCGCGAAGGAUCUCGACCCCGAGAACGAGGUUCCUGACAACGCAGAAGAGAGCGACAGCGAAGAGUCAGGCGACGAUCAUGCGGGGACGGAACAUUACGUUGCAGUCGGGAAGAGCAAGCUCCGGCAAAAGGACGCCAUCUCAUUAGGCCCCGAAUAUCGGGGAGCGCGAGUCAGCAGAUCCGCUCUGGAGGAGAGUAGUGAGGAGGAAGACGAAGACGAGGAUGAAGAUGAGGAGCAGGAGGAGGAGGAGGACGAUGAAGACAGCGAAGCAGAUGAGGAAGGGGACGAAGAGUUCGACGACCCGGAUGCCGCAGAUCUUGAAGCAGAUCACAUUGACGACGAUGAUGGCGAGAUCAGCAGCGACAAUGCCCUUUGCGAAAGUGACAACGAACAUCUUAAGGACUUUGUCUUCCGCGGCAGCUCCAAGCCAAAGGUGCCAAAUGGGCGGAUCAAAAAGCGGCCGACCGCUGCAGACUUCAUGUCUUCAUCGGGAGAGGAAGCUGAUUCCGGACAUGACUUGGGGUCUGACGGCGAUGAGGACGAGAUGGACGACUCCGAUGGAGACGAGGAUGGUGCACGUCUCUUCGACCUGGAGGCUGAAGAGGACGAGGAAGAAGAGGAAGAAGGGAGUGACGUUGAGAUAGCUCAUGAUGAUUCUGAGGAAAGCGGAGAGGACGAGGACGAGGACGAGGAGGAAGAUGAGGAUGACGAGGAUAGCGAUGAAGGAGAAAGUGCAAAAUGGGACGAUGGCGACGACGAACGUGCGCAGCUGCGCAAGAUGGCUACCGAGGGGCACAAAAGCAUUGUGGCCGCAAUGACACAGGCCGCCAAAGCAGACGCGGAGAAGGGGAUGGCAGUUCGCCUGCAGCGGCGCGCAUUUGACUCGAUCCUAAACCUUCGCAUCCGCCUGCAAAAGGCCUUGGUGGCGGCGAAUUCGUUCAGUGUUAUCGACGACAACCAAGACAACGGCAGCGAAGCCUACCACGCCGCGGAGGAGGCAGCCGUCAAGCUCUGGAACACCAUCGACAGUGUUCGGAACACCUUCUUGCCCGAGAGCACCAGAGCCAAGGUCGGGGAGAAGAGGAAGCGCGAGAUUGAGCUGGACACAUCAAACCAGGAGAUAUGGGAGAGCAUGCAGGCAGUGGAGGAGGCUGCGCUCUCCAACAGGCGGAAGGUUCUGGACAAGUGGUCGGAAAGAGUGAAGAAGAGCAAUGUGGCUCUCUCCACCAGAAAGCUAGUCAACUCGGAAAAGCAGUCUCUCGUGUCAGCCCUGGAUGAGCAGCUGCUGAGCUCUGAGAGGUUGAUCAAGCGGGCGCGGACACCGCGUUCCUGCGCGCCGGCACAAGCCGCCAAAAAGCUGGAAGAGGACCCGGAAAUCUACGACGACGCCGACUUCUAUCAGCUUCUCCUCAAGGAGCUCGUCGACCAGCGGAGCACAGAUACUAGCGCGCCGGGGGAGUCGGUAACAACGGUCCGGUGGGCAGCGCUGAAGGAGACCAAGACCAGGAAACACGUCGAUAGGAGGGCGAGCAAGGGGAGAAAGCUACGGUACACGGUACACGAGAAGCUGCAGAACUUCAUGGCGCCCGAGGACCGGAGAUCUUGGGAGGAACACGCGAUAGACAGGCUGUUUGGGACGCUGUUUGGACAGGAGAUGGAGCUGAAAGAGGACGAGGACGUGUCCGACGAGGAAGAACAGAUUGAGGAGGCAGGCCUCAAGCUGUUCCGCAGCUAG